AUGCGUACCGUAUUUAACAGAACUUCGUCACCUUAUAUACCACUCCUCAUUACUAGAAACUCAUCAUACAUCUACAAACCACUUUUGGGUCCACUCAACUCAAUUCGUCUUAUAUUACUUAAGCCUUCUCUUUGCACAACAUCGGCAAUUCGUUGUUCGAUAAUUGAAAGUCGCUGGUCUUCCGAAACGCCAAAAGGAGAAUCUGAAAAAUUCAUAGCUCUCUCCUACACAUGGGGGAACGCCCAGAAUCAGCGGAUGAUAGAAGUCGAUGGGAAAUCUUUAUAUAUAACACGAAAUUUGGAGUCGGCUCUGAGACAUCUAAGACAUCAGACAGAGGUUGUUCGUCUUUGGGCUGAUGGUUUAUGUAUCAAUCAAUCUGAUGUUGAAGAGAGAAACAGGCAUGUGGCUCACAUGCGGUCGAUUUACUCUGCAGCCUGCGAUACCGUUGUUUUCCUUGGUGAAUCAAGUGAACGGUCAAGGAAUAUCUUUCAUGCGAUAAGGGAUUCGAAACGAAAAGGGUCAGUAGACAUUACAAAAGAGACUUUAACAUUGGCAAAUCUUACCCAAUCUUGGGGAAUAAGUCAAGAAGAAAUCAGAAAUUCAGCAUCUGAAGUUCUUUGGCGUCCCUAUUGGAGCCGGGUAUGGAUCUAUCAAGAGAUAAUUGUAUCCAAUCGAAUAUGGAUACAAUGCGGAACAAUAAAAGUUUCAUGGAAUGAUUUUUACUACGCUAUGGUUGUAGCUCUAAGUACUAGCACAAGCUAUUUUGGUGCAGGCUAUGAUAAUGUGAUCAAGAAUCGCCUGGAAGAUUUCUAUUGGGAACGACUUGAAUAUCGAAAGUCACUUGGAAAUGACGAGAAAUCACCACUACCACUGUGUGGUCCACCUCAUAUACCUGAAGAUGGAAAACGAUUGAAUCUUCUUGAUCUUCUUGUGACCAAGAGAGGUUAUAUGGCCUCAGACAGUCGAGACAUGAUCUAUGCACUAUCUGGCAUUGCUAAAAGACCGAAAGGUACACAGCCGUUUACGAUAAGUUAUGAAAAAUCGCCUCGGCAAGUAUAUUCAGACGUUGUCAACUAUCUCAUUGAGACUGACAAGAAUUAUGACGUUUUGAGUCAUGCAGAACAAUAUUUCAAUCAUGCCUACCAUACUCGACCAUUAGUGCUAUCAUGGAUGCCAUCUUGGGUGCCAGACUGGACAACCCGUGCAAAAUACAAACAAAAGAUUGUUGACUGGGUUAAACCUCUUCAUAAAUCAAGAAGUGCCAUCUUGAAUAGUGCAUAUCUCGAAGAUCAAGGAGUUCUCGCUUGCGUGGGCUACAAAAUCGGCAUCAUAAACCUAGUUACUGACUUCCCUCGCGAUAUUCAACGCAGUGACGAAGGCAGAGUAGGUCGAAUACUGUGGAAUGAGUGGAAAGAUAGAAAGCUUCCGGAUAGUAUGUGUUGUUUGGUACCAGGAGGGACACAAACUGGUGAUAUUGUUUGCCAAUUCAUCGGCAGUUCAUUACCAUAUAUUCUCAGGCCAAUUCAAUCGACGGAUAUCAAGUCUGGAAGAGUAUGGAGAGCUUGGAAGACAUUGCUGUAUCUCUCUCGCUGGUGGAGUAACUCGAGGGUACCAAGACAAGAAGUCCCUACCAAAUUCCUAGAUGCCGAAAUCUCAACCAUUCUAGAAAACAAAACAUCAGGACACCAAACUCUCGAAAUUAGACACUAUAAUUUUGUAGGAGAAUGUUUUGUGGAUCGAUUGACGAGUAACGAAAACAGUCAAACUCAUCAACGGCAACAUUUUCAAGAGAGGACCGUAUUCGCAAUGCAUUGA